AUAGUAGCUGGUUCAGUUUUGGCAGGGGAACUCUCCUUGAUGUCCGCCAUUGCAGCUGGGCAGCUUGUCAAGAGCCACAUGAAAUACAACAGAUCGAGCAAAGAUGUCUCAAAAAUUGCCUCUUAAGAGGAAAGAAGAAAGUUAAACAUUCAAAGAGGCUGAGAAGGCAAAAUUGGGGAAGAGGAACGAUACCCAUGUGAGAUCGCUUCUUGAUGUAGCUGUAAAGGUGGCAAUCGUGUGAUGGUGCUAACUUGCCUGGUUGUACUUUACUCUUUAUCUAUAUCUCUAAGCAUGACAUACAUUCCCUAGUGACUUGUGACCAUUGGAGGCCCCACAUAUCUGGUUUGUAUCGCUUUCCAAUUGUGAAUUUGAACCUUGUCCUGUUUUCUAGUUGUUUCUGUCAUAUUAUUUGUCCUUGGGGGGCCACAUUGUUUCAGAGCUGGAUCAAUUGUUGUUUCUUCCCCUAUUACUUUGUACAUUCUCAGAACUUGAAUUUGAUGAUGGAUAUAUAUUUUUUGUUUGGUAUUAGUAUCU